GACGCACGUAUCUCUGUGAUCUUCCGGAAGUGACCUCGGGGACUGUUUUCGGGGACGGACCGGCUUCCUGUGAGGGCCAGGCGGCGAGGGAGCGAUGCUGGGUUCGCUCCGGGCGUCGUCGCGGCUCCUGGCCGGGGGCCUCCGCCUGAGAGAGUCUUUGCAGAGCUGCAGGCGACCGGCGCACACUGCCUGGCUGGCGGCGGUGCCCCAGAGAUGGUCCUCCAGCCUCCCCAUGAACACAGUGGUCCUCUUUGUGCCGCAGCAGGAAGCCUGGGUGGUGGAGCGGAUGGGCAGGUUCCAUCGCAUCCUGGAGCCGGGACUGAACUUCCUGAUCCCAGUUCUGGAUCGCAUUCGCUAUGUGCAAAGCCUGAAAGAAAUUGUCAUAAACGUGCCAGAGCAGUCGGCUGUUACACAUGAUAAUGUGACUCUCCAGAUAGAUGGCGUUCUCUACUUGCGCAUCAUGGACCCAUACAAGGCUAGUUAUGGAGUGGAGGACCCAGAGUAUGCUGUGACCCAGCUUGCCCAGACGACCAUGCGAUCAGAGCUGGGAAAGCUCUCCCUCGAUAAAGUCUUCCGGGAGCGUGAAAGUCUCAAUGCCAGCAUUGUGGAUGCCAUAAACCAGGCCUCUGACUACUGGGGCAUCCGGUGCCUUCGCUACGAGAUCAAGGACAUCCAUGUGCCGCCCAGGGUGAAGGAGUCCAUGCAGAUGCAGGUGGAGGCCGAGAGGCGUAAGCGGGCAACUGUCCUGGAGUCAGAAGGCACGCGGGAGUCUGCCAUCAAUGUGGCUGAGGGGCGGAAGCAGGCUCAGAUUCUGGCCUCUGAGGCAGAAAAAGCAGAGCAGAUCAACCAGGCGGCAGGUGAGGCCAACGCCAUCCUGGCAAAGGCUCAGGCCAAAGCAGAAGCGAUCCGUCUCCUAGCAGCUGCCCUGGCACAGCAGAACGGCAAUUCGGCGGCCUCACUGUCCGUGGCGGAACAGUACGAGUGCUUCUCCAAGCUGGCGAAAGAGUCCAACACUGUCCUCCUGCCUUCCAGCACAGGAGACGUCAGCAUAUGGUUGCCCAGGUCAUUUGACAUGUGA